AUGACUUCUAAUGUAAAAUUGAUGGAGGAUGGAGAAUUGCAGGGGCAGGAUGGUGUGAUUCGUGUUUGUGCAGUGCCUCAGAAUUACCAGCAAAUCUUGACCACGGCAUUUGCCAUAAAGGAGAUCAAUGAAAAUCCCAGACUUUUGCCCAAUGUCACCCUGGGCUUCCGUAUCUAUGACAGCUAUUUGACUCCGAGAUGGAUCUAUCAUGCCCUGCUGCAAUUUCUUUCCCCCUGGGACAGAUUUGCCCCCAACUACAGAUGUGACAGCCAGGACAACAUAUUUGCAAUAAUUGAAGGAUUUUAUUCUGCAUCUUCAUCCCUGAUACCAAAUGUGCUGGGUGUGUACAAGAUUCCUCAGCUCUCUUAUGGCUGUGCUCCAUUGUUGACAGAAGUCUCUCAAGUACUUUCCUUCUAUCAAAUGGUACCAAAUGAAAUCCUUCAGUACAAAGGGAUUCUGCAGUUACUUCUCCAUUUCAAGUGGACCUGGGUUGGAUUCUUUGCUGGAAUUUUUAUGGAUUCAGAAUGGUUCAUGCAGAACAUACUUCCUGAAUUUUCCAAGAACGGCAUCUGUUUUGACUUCAUAGACACUGUCUACAGUUAUGGUAUGGAUAAAGAUUAUAGAGAAAUAAUAAAAUGGUCAGAGAAAGUAUAUGAUAAACUCAUGAAGACCAAAGCCAAUGUUCUGGUUUUUUAUGGAGAUGAUCUUAACAUGUUACGUGUUAGACUAAUGCUAAGUGUAACGAUAUAUAAAUAUAAGCUUAAAAAGCCUAAAGGAGAAGUUUGGCUUCUUCCGGCUCAGAUAGAAAUAAAAUCACUUCCUAGCCCUCAGCACUGGAGUCCACGAUACUUUCAUGGUGCAUUAUCAGUUGCCUUUCACUCUAAUGAUGUACAAGGAUUCCAAGAAUUUCUUCUGAGCAGAAGGCCUUCCAAUGCUAAAGAAGAUGGUUUCCUCCAGGACUUCUGGGCAACUGCAUUCAACUGCUUGUUCCCCAAUUCCUUUCUGAGACACUCUCCAUACUUCACCUACACCACUAACUGCACUGGAGAGGAGAAGCUGGAAAACCUUCCUCAACCGUAUCUGGAAAUGACCAUGAGUGGUCACAGCUACGCCAUCUACAAUGGGGUCUAUGUGGUGGCUCAUGCUUUACAUGCUCUGUAUUUGUCCAAGUCUAGCAGAGCAACGACAGAAGGAAAGAGAAAGAAGCUUCACAGUCUAAAGCCAUGGCAGCUCCAUUGCUUCUUGAGAUAUGUAUCUUUUAAUAACAGUGCUGGGGACAAAGUUUCCUUGAUUCAGAAUGAGGAACUAGAAGCAAGAUUUGAUGUUAUCAACUGGAUCACGUUGCCCAACCAAUCUCUGGCUAAACAGAAAGUUGGAAAGAUUGAUCUCCAGGCUCCAGCAGGUCAAACUCUCUCCAUUAAUGAGGAUAUCAUCAUAUGGGAUGAUUGGUUUAAGCAGACACAGCCAAUUUCUGUAUGCACCGAGAGUUGCUAUCCAGGUUAUAGAAAGAAAAAGAAGGAGGGGGAACCAUCCUGUUGCUACGAUUGCACUCCAUGCCCAGAGGGGAAGAUAUCUGCUCAGAAGGACAUGGCUGAAUGUUUUCAAUGCAGAGAUGACCAGUAUCCAAACAAGGGACAGAAUGUAUGCAUUCCUAAGGUGGAAACGUUUUUGGCCUAUGAGGAACCUUUGGGGAUGAGUUUAGCCCUGAUUGCUCUUCUGUUUUCUCUGAUCACAGUCCUCAUCUUAGGACUCUUUAUAAAACACCAUGACACGCCCAUUGUCAAAGCCAACAACCGGAGCCUCACCUACACUCUUCUCCUCUCCCUCCUGCUCUGUUUCCUUUCUGCUUUGCUCUUCAUUGGCCAGCCUGAGAAGGGGACCUGCCUCCUCCGCCAAGCCGCUUUCGGCAUCAUCUUCUCAAUGGCUGUUUCUUCUGUCUUGGCGAAAACCGUCACUGUUGUAUUAGCCUUCCUGGCUACCAUACCAGGAUCGAAUUUGAGGAAGUGGGUGGGGAAAAGACAGGCCAACUCCAUUGUUUUUUGUUGUACUCUUAUUCAAGCAGGAAUCUGUGGUCUAUGGCUGGCAGCCUCUCCCCCAUUCCCAGAUGUUGAUAUGAAUUCAAUCAUGGAAGAAAUUAUUCUGACAUGUAAUGAGGGCUCCACUGUUAUGUUCUACUGUGUCUUGAGCUACAUGGGCUUCCUAGCCAUUGCCAGCUUCGCCGUGGCUUUCCCAGCUAGGAAGUUACCUGAUACUUUCAAUGAAGCCAAAUUCAUCACCUUCAGCAUGUUGGUCUUUUGCUGUGUUUGGCUCUCUUUUGUCCCAACCUACCUGAGCACUAAAGGGAAAUACAUGGUGGCCACGGAGGUCUUCUCCAUAUUAGCCUCCAGUGCUGGUCUAUUAGGCUUCAUCUUGCUUCCCAAAUGCUACAUUAUUGUUCUGAAGCCUGAGCUGAACAAGAAGGACCAUGUUAUAAGGAGGAAGUUCUGA